AUGAAUCACGAUCGUCUUCUCCUAUCCAGAACCAACAGUUGCAACAGUACCACCACAAUAAUUCCAUCAAAUGACAUCUCUUCCACCUACUUUAUUCCUGAUCCACCCUCUUCCACCGGUGACAAACCCCUCUUCGGAAGAGGGUCUUCAGUAGGCUAUGGUUGCUAUAUACCAAUAUUUAAUAUCUCCAUAUUUCUCUGGUCGAUUCUCAACAUUGUCUCAACCGCUGCAAUUAUUCGGUGGAUUAACUUACCGACUCAACUCUCACUAACGUCAUCGCUAAGUCGGAAAGUCACCGACACAUUAUUUGGUUUCGAACCUUCAAUUUCAUCGUCUAAGAUCUCACCGUCGUCGCUUCCUAGGGUUCAGUAG